AGUAGACUUGUAAAAAUGAAGAAAUGUGAUUUAUCGAAUUGACUUUGGACGAAGUUCGGCCGUUUUAAGGAAAAACCGCAGCAUUCCACGAGAAGCAAAUAAAAGUAUAAUGUCCGAGGCUGCAUUGAGCGACGCUUCCAUUCAUGAUAUCCUGACGCAAGCGCUCUAUCGUAAAGCCGCAUGGCGAAUGGCGAUGUGAAAGGGGUUAGAGGGGUGACUUGCAUCUCCGACGUAAUCGAGAGAAUUGUAAAUUAAAUUCCUACUCUCGAGCGUCCACAUAAAACGAUACAUUUCAAUGUCUUUAUGAAAUUUUACAGAUCUUGAAACAAAUCAAAGGAUCAAGGACGAAGAUUGAUAAGUAUUGGGGAACGAUUAAAAAAUAAAACAAAAAUAUAUUUGUGCUUAAUGAGCAAAGAUUCGGCAGAUAGAAGAAUAAGUAUUGACGCUUUUCAUAAAAUUUCAUAGAAAGGAGAUUUUUUGAUAUUCUGACCGAAAUGUUAUAUGUUUAUAUAUCUAUCAUUGGAUAUCAAUUUGAUCGUAUUUAUUAAGAUGGAGAAAGAACGAGAAGUGUGAUUUUAUCGAAAUACGACGAAGGGUUCAUAGGAUGAGAGCAGAAAAAAAUAUCAGUUCGUGGAAUCCUUCUCAAGGUCAAUACAUAAGGGUUAGCGAACAAGCGAUGCGUCCAUGGGAUAAAAAUAAAACAGCUCGUACAUGGAAAAGAUAUCGUCAGUCCGAAUUGCAAAAGAAAAGUCAAUUGAAUAUAAUCAUAUAUAUUAAAUAAGAAAUCUCGUGGCAGGUCAAUUGAGGAAUGUUGGUAAUUGAGGAAUGAACGUACAUAAUGCAAAUUGUUGGACUCAUUUAACAUUGUCAAUGUGAUGAUAAAUAGAAAGAGAAAAAGAAAGAGUAAAAGAAGUAUAGAAAGAAAGAGUCAAAGAGAUUUCGAGGAAUUCGGUGGCCUGACAGUGGCGAACAUAGCACAAUGGGGGUGUGGAUUAGAUAUACGCAUAUAUAGAGAAGGGAGAGAGACAAAGAGGGCGAGAAAGAAGGGGAUGCGCUUGCGCGGCUCCGAUUGGUUGAACGGGAAUCGAGUAGUGGGGGACGCGGGUCUUCAAGCUCGGUUAAAACUACUGUAGUAGACGAAUUCGACUUUAGUGCGGACGGAAAGCUCGAGAGGUGCAAGAUCUUCUUGUAUUUUGUGAAAUACACGUGGAGGAAAGGGAACAAGUAGCAAAAUUGAGAAAAAGAUUAGUAUUUUUGUUGCCGCCAAAAACGCAAGGCCUCUUUUUUUCUCCACAAUUUCUAUCUAAAAUUGUGUUAAGAGAAACGCGUUCGCACUAUAUGUAUAUAUGUAAAUAUCUGUUUAUAAGUACGAUAACAUAUAUACAAGAUCAUCGGUGUCGUCAACAUCAAAUGUUUAUGCUGCUGAAGUUAGACGGUGCUCGACAUCAGGACGAAACGGUUAGUGUGUUAUGAAGUCUUCUAUAAAUCUAUAAGAUCUGAAGAAAGCAACGAGAAAAAAAAUUAUUGCAGAUUUUUUAAUCUAUCAAGAUGAAACGUAGUCAGAAUUACAAUCGUGGCAUGAACUUUUUUGGAAGAUAUCAACGGGAUCAACAACAACGACGACGACAACAGCAACAGCAACAUCAACGACAACAUCAACGACAACAGCAACACCAACGACAACAGCAACCACAACAACGACAACAAUUACAGCAACAACAACAGCAGCAGCAACAACAGCAGCAACAGCAACAACCAUUACCACAGCAACAGCAACAACCACUACCACAGCAACAGCAACUACUACCACAGCAACAACUACUACCACAGCAACAACUACAGCAGCAGCAAGCACAACAAAUAAAACAACAGUCGCAGGAACGCAACGUCGACAUGAAUGCAUUAUGUCUGUUUCAGUCCGGUUCGGAAAGUCCAGCAGGUACAUCAUCAGGAAGUAGUUCAACUUCUCAAGGGUACAACAGCCAAUCACCGGAUGAUUUAAACGUCGAUUCGUUGAUUAGUAGCCUUUUACAGGUUGUAAAUGGUGAUAAUUAUAACGUCAGUCCUAUCUCUAACAACGUUAGUUUUCCUGUAUCAAGAGACCUCACAAAUAGAUGUAGAGACUGCCCAGAUGGGUCCUGCGAAUCAUGCUUGAUAGGACGUCAAUCGGUAAGGGGAAACUCCUCUUACUUAGAACUAUGUCUUUCGCUUAGCAACGUUUUGGUGGAAGUGGAUCACUUGGACUUUAAUUCGAUACCAGAACGAAACACAAUCCAAAAUGUACAAGAAACCUCGAAUUUAGCGCUGAUGCCCGUGCCACAUUUUCAAAGAAGGCCAGUAGUCCAUUGCGAAAUUCAUGCAGCUCACAAAUUUUACUGUCAAACUUGUAGUCAAUCCUAUUGCGGAGAAUGUGGUGUCUAUCACAAUGGACACGUGACGAUAAAUGUGGCGGAAGCGAUGGAAAGUGCCACGGCGGAAGUUAAUCGAAUAAUGAACGAAGCCCGAGGUGGAAUUAAUACUAUGAGACAAGAUUUGAACUCAUGUCAGAUGGCUGCUGAGCUGCUAGAACGAAAAGCAAGACAGGCAACAGCUGACGUGAUACAAUGUGUAAAAAAAAUAACAAGUGCUUUAGAGGCACGUGAAAGGGAAUUGUUACAGAGAAUUGAAGAGGCAAAAUUAUUAAAAUUCUCGGCAUUGAAAGCGAGAGACGAUGGACUCCGGAUUGGAAUAGUCCAAUUGACGAAAACCAUGAAGAAACUUAGCACAGCGGUUGAAACCUAUACAAUGGGCAAUAAUCCAAGAGAAUUGAUAAUCAGCAAGGAUAUGGCGGCAUCAGAGAUGCAUAAAGUUCGUCAGAUUCGGCAUAAUUUACCCCCGGCACAAGAACCCUGGAUAACAUUUACUGGAUCAUCAUCUAACACGAUUCAGAGCCUUAUAAACCUGGGCUCGAUCGUAGUGAACAAUCCAGGCCACAUAGGUGAUCGUCGAUCUUUGAAAGGCCGUGGAAAUUCACAAAUGUUACCACCAUCAUCACCGUUUCCUCGAUCGCCUUCAAACACUAUAGUUCCUAUAGCACGAGGAAGGCCAAUACCAAUGAAUGAUUAUCCUGUGACAGUUUGGUUUGGAUCAAAUACUCCUAACCGCCCACCGCAAAUAAUUGCAAAUAAUGGCGAUCCUAGAGAUAGUCUCUGCAGACCUUGGGGUGUUACAUGCGACAAGGAGGGAAACAUAAUCCUAGCUGAUAGAUCUAAUAAUCGUAUACAAAUUUAUCGAUUGGACGGUACCUUAGUCAGAAGAUUUGGUACAUACGGUACUGGUCCUGGACAAUUUGAUCGACCUGCUGGUGUAGCAGUCGAUGCACGUCGACGUAUCGUUGUUACUGAUAAAGAUAAUCAUCGUGUCCAGAUCGUAACGAUGGAAGGUCACUAUAUAACGAGCUUUGGCGAGAGAGGAAGUCUAUGCGGUCAAUUUAACUACCCAUGGGGUGUGGCAGUAAAUUCCGAUUGUCUAAUAGUUAUUUCCGAUUCAAGAAAUCAUCGUCUGCAAAUGUUCAGUCCAGAAGGUGUUUUUCUUCGUAAAUUUGGACAUGAAACGAAUCCUAGUAUGUGGAAAUACUUCGACUCGCCUCGUGGAAUAGCUUUCAAUCCGGAAGGCAACGUUGUCUGUACGGAUUUCAACAAUCAUCGAAUUCUUAUCAUCGAUAUUGACUUUAUGAACUCUCGCAUUCUCAAUUGUGAAAACAUCAGAGGUCAAAAACCAUUCCUCAGACCACAAGGCAUGGCCAUAGAUGAUGACGGUAACAUCAUUAUUUCUGAUUCAAGAAAUAAUAGAAUACAGGUAUUUAAUUCUUCUGGAGCCUAUAAAUUUACAAUUGGCAAUUUCGGUACAGGAUUAGGUGAAGUAGACAGACCAUCUGGUGUUGCAUUAUGCCCAGAUGGUAGAAUCGCAGUCGUAGAUUUCGGUAACAAUCGGGCCAUGUUGUAUUAAAAUGAAUUUUGAUGAAACACGAGUAUCAAACACGAAGUGUAGAUAUUCUUACGUAUAUUCCUCUCUUUCUCUAUAUAUAUACACACACAUAUACAUAUAUUAGAUAUAUAUAUCAUAAAUAUCCAAAAGAGGAUACAAAAGGACCGCGUUUUUGUUCAUUCGCGAGACAUUAGAAGCAAUAUUUUCGUACUAAUUGUAUAUAAUAUGAUACGGGAAUACAUGGAUGUUCCUUCCUCACUUUCGGUGCCAAGAUACGAGUACAAAAAAAAUAGAGAGAAAAGAAAACUAAUCUUCGGUUUCAGAGUGUUCGAAAAAUAUGCUAUUAGCCGGUUUAUUAUGCUUCCUAUAUACAUAUAUAUACAUAUAUAUAUAUAUA